UACAUCCGGUUUAAACAAACCCCGCAUGGUUGGAAAAGACUACACACAUAGCCUUCAUAGCUCAGACAGGACAGCGUUAUUUAUUGAGAUUUGAUACCCCGGGCUGUUUCAUGAUUCAGAGAUGGGACGAAAAAGAGAUCCGACGGACGAUAAACCAAAGACUGGACCUGGAAGAAAAACUAGGAAACAGCAGCCGCCCAGUUUUUCUGGGACAGUUUUUGAAGAUGGCAAGGAGAAAAAAUUGAGCAGCAGGCAAAAACAAAGGUUAAAAAAGAGGGAGGCUAAAAAGGAAGAAAGGCUUUUGAAAGUCAAAGGAAAGAAAAGAAAAGUGGAAGGAACAGCACCACCAGUUAAUGAAGCGGCAAAGAAUAAAGCAAAGAAGCCAAAGCUUCUCUUUGACAGUGAUGGUGAGGAUGAUGGCCAGUCUGACAGCGGCGAGGAAGUAAUGCAAGAUGAAUUCUCAGAGGAUGACGUGGACCUGCCCGAAGGCAACAACAACAAUAAUGAUGAGGCUGAAAGUGAUGAGGAGGAAGAAAUGGAGGCCGAUGAUGACAACGAUGAAGAGGAAGACAGUGAUGAUGAUGAAGAUGAAGGGGACAGUGAUGAGGAACUUGGAGUUGAGAAAGCAGCCAAAAAAUUGUUGAAGAAAGAGAAAAAGGUCAAGGAAAUGGCUCAAAAAGAACUGAUGCUGAAUGUACAGUCACAAGAGAAAUUCACGUUACCAAGUGGACAGGAAAUUGAAAAAGAAGCUAAUGUACCACCUGAUCUUGCAAUCUUAGACAACAGGAUUACUCACAUUCGACAUGUGCUCGGUGAUUUUGCUGCUCGAAGGGAAGCAGACAGGUCUCGACAAGAGUACGUUGAUCAACUGGUGAGAGAUCUGUGUUCACGAUUCAACUACAAUGAGUUUCUCAUGAGGAAGCUGAUGGACCUGUUUCCUGUAGAGAUCAUGGACUUCGUUGAAGCAAACGAGUACCCUCGGCCUGUCACUAUCAGAACAAACACUCUGAAGACUCGACGCAGAGAUCUCGGUCCUAUGCUGAUUGACCGUGGUGUGAACGUGGAACCAAUGGCCCGGUGGAGCAGUGUUGGACUCACUGUCUUUGACACUAAAGUGCCUCUAGGAGCAACUCCGGAGUACCUAGCAGGCCACUACAUGCUGCAAGGGGGCGCUAGUUUCCUGCCAGUAAUGGCUCUCGCACCCCAGGAGAAAGAGCGGAUUCUGGACAUGUGUUCUGCUCCUGGGGGCAAAUCCAGCUACAUCGCUGCACUAAUGAAGAACACAGGUCUGCUAUGGGCAAAUGAUGCCAACAAAGACAGGAGCAAGGCCAUUGUUUCCAAUCUGCACCGCAUGGGAAUCAUCAACAGUUUGGUCACCAGCUAUGACGGUCGUGCUUUGCCCAAGGUGUUCCACAGCUUUGAUCGGGUGUUGCUGGAUGCACCUUGCAGUGGUACAGGUGUCAUCUCUAAGGAUGAAGCUGUCAAAAUUAACAAAGAUGAGAAAGACAUCCAGAGGUGUUCUCACCUGCAGAGGGAGCUGCUGUUGGCUGCCAUUGACUGCUGCAAUGCCAACUCCAAGUCAGGAGGCUAUGUUGUGUAUUCCACCUGUUCUAUACUGGUGGAGGAGAAUGAAGCUGUGAUUGAUUUUGCGCUGAAGAAACGAAAUGUAAAGUUAGUUCCCUGUGGCCUGGACUUCGGCAAGGAAGGCUAUGUCAGGUUCCAACAGCACAGGUUUCACCCCACAUUGAAGCUGUCCCGACGCUUCUAUCCUCACACACACAAUCUGGACGGUUUCUUUGUGGCCAAGCUGAAAAAGUUCAGCAACAAGAUCCCUGGUAAAGAAUCUAAGACAGCAGAUGCUGCCACUACAGAAGAAAGUGAACCCAUGGAGUCCGGCCCAAGUGAAGCAGCCUCUGUGAAAGAUCAAGAUCAAGAGCCAACCAAAAAGAAAGGCAAACAGGCUGGGUCACCGGGGACGACAAGUGGAAACUUCAAGUCUAAUGGUCCACAAAAGUCGGGCAAUACAGCAGAAGAGAAAAAGGGAGGUCCUGUCCAGUUCAAGAAAAACAAGCAGAAGGGUUCAAAGGGUCCAGCAAAGAAAGUGGAAUUUUUCAAAGGAAAGAAACCGAACCAGAAGAAAGACUGGAAGAAACACAAAGGAAAGGGUUGAAUGAUAUGAUGUGAGAGUGAGUGAUGAGUGUUGUCAGGUGGCGUGCUUGAAUGUCAUGUCUGAAGAAAAUAAAUGUUGGGAGGGGGGAGAUAGAGACAUUAUUCUUUGCGGGGUGAGAAGUCUGAUACAAAGUGUAAAGGCAUUUACUUCAGAGUCAAAAUUCUUGCAUUUUAUGGCAAUUUUCAGAUUACAGAUUAUUUACCGACUUUCUCUAGGGUAAGAUGCUUCAGAAUGGAUCACACUGCAAACAAAUGUUUUUAUCGAUCCAGACUGCAAACAAAUGUUUUUAUCGAUCCAGACUGCAAACAAAUAAGAGGGGUAGAGUAGCCUACUAAACAUGCUGUUUGUUAGAUACAGUAUAACAUGGGAUAGGUCGAACACAGAAGACUCGAAAUCAUGUAUCUGUCGAACUGUACCUGCAGUCCCGGGGGGGGGGGGGGGGGAUUUCUUUUCUUCUUUAUCUUUGUAAGAUAUCCCUCGAACUAUCGCUGCGGGUCCCGACGAAUUCGAGAUGUCCGUGUUAUGCUGUAACUAGUUCAGUAGCUGACUAGAUUUAGCUGUCACUGGCUUGGCAAAGAAUAUAGGUCUACUUCUUGUUUUGAAAUUUCGGGUAGUUUUUACAGCUGGUGCUGAGAUAGUUUUGGAUUAGUUAGAAAUUUAUUUUUUUAACAAGAUUCCACUCAUCACACGCAUGUAGUUUCUCAAGUUGUUUGAUAAAAUGAUAGUCUAUAUAUAUGUGUGUAUCAUCAAUCCUUGCCCUGAAUUUAGAUUUUAUGUGAAUGACAUAAGUUGUUGACAAGUAUGAAUGAGAGCUUGAGUUGAGGGUUUUAUCAUAAAUAGAACAUGAUUGAUGUUAUGUAUUUUCUCAUUGCUUCUUUAUGAUAAUAUAUUAUAAUGCCUCAGAAUA